AUGCCGGACUGGACCUGGUUGUUGUUGGCUGCGGUGUUCGGCGCUGUUUCGGCGCUGGCGGUGCCGCUGGCCAUUCUGAUUUACUUUUUGCGUCCUUUUGAGAAGAAAGCGCCAAUGGAGGCGCAGUACAGCUUGCCUGUCACAUUACCACCGGAGAUAUUGAACGAGCUGACACGAGGGGCCGGCUGCACUCCCGAGGGUGCACUCAACGCGAUGCUGCAGUUCAUCUUCCAACAGAGCACAGCAGACACCCGCUGGCUGCGCAGAAGAAUGGCCACAGAACUGGCCGAGCUACUGGCCAAGACAUCAUCGGGGAAGAUCUUCGAAUCUUUAACGCUUCGUUCACUGGAAGUUGGCACAGAGUUCCCCAUUAUCACUAACAUGCGGCUUCUCAACGGAGAGAUGGAAGAUGAUGGAGCGAGGCUCCGGUCUCUUGACCUGAAUUUCGACCUGGCGUACGAUGGAAACUUCAGGAUCGACGUCGACGCUGUCAUGCUGCUGGGAAAGAUAGCUAAUAUUUCAAUCACUGUGGAGAGUAUAAGCGGGAAAGUGCGAGUGAUGUUUCGCCGGACGCCUUACACCCACUGGGCGCUGGCCUUCGAGACCCAGCCGAAGCUGGACUUGAGGGUCCGCGGCCGGUUCCAGGGGCGUCAGCUCAAGCCGCGGCUGGCGUCGCUCGUGGCUGCACAUAUCAGGCGGGCGGUGGCGCAGAGGCAUACCCUGCCGAAUUAUAAGAUAAGAUACAAGCCAUUCUUCCCGAAAUCAGAGCCAGGAAGUGCCGAGACUGAAGAUGGGCCAACUCCACAGGGUCGUCUGACGGUCAGACUGGUGGAAGUAACGCGGCUCCAAUGGUCUGGCGGGAUUGGGACCGUUAGAGCUGCCUUAGCUGUGGACUCGCAUGGCUGGGUGUCACUUCGUCGUGGAGUUCUAGUGUUAGACAUAGUUUUACCAGCAGUAUCGGGACCUCUAGGACUGGUCUGCUGUCAGGGAGUCGGAGUGGUCUUGGUAGAUACUGUGGUACCAAUGUCACCGGCAUAUAGAGCUGAUUUGAGAAGAGAUGAUGUGGUAUUAGCAAUUGACAACAAACCAGUGAACAACGUCGCCCAGGUGGGAAAACUACUAAAAUGCGUAGAACGGCGCGCUGUCACAGUUCGAGUGCGUCGUGGCGGUACUACUGCUGGCGGUAUGAGAAGAGAAGACAGCCUGAGUGCGGGGGCGGCCGGGGAGACCAAGCGGGGGAUGCGGACCAACUUCACGUUCAGAAGGGUCUCGGAGGUGAUGGAGGGGGUGCGGCUACAGGGCAUGCGGGCUACGGCUUCAAAAGCCAAUCUGCAAGAAUCAGAAUCUCCUUCAAAGUCUUUGGAAACACAAAACGAGACUGAUUCCCAAACAAAACAAAAGGCUGAACCUGUUCGACAGCACUCGAAGGGGCCCGAGCCAGGCCCUGGGAACUUCGGCUUGAGAAAAAGAAGAUGCUCAGUAGAAAACAAGUCUUCCGACAGCUCCGCCGGCAGUACGCCACCAGCUUCCGGGGCGAGCACACCUCUCAGACAAGCCACUGUUAUAAACAAAACAGUCAAACAUCCGGAUAUACCCAUAAUUAGAACAGAUUCCUCAGAAUGCAAGGUAACGGAGAAGGUUGAAGCAUUAGAUGAAGAAGAUCAGCUUUUUGAAACCGGAGGUCCGAGACAGAGUGAACACGUAGAAAUAUGCCAAAUGUUCUGGACGAAAAGUAUACAGUUAAAACCCAUUAUACCUUUUGAUGAAGAAACAGAGUUUAAACUAAAUGAGAACCAUAAAUAUUUAAAUAUAAAUAUUUGGGCUGCUGUACCUGGCGAGAAAGACGAAGUGUUACUAGGAUAUCUGAAUAUACCACUAGCAUCUCUUCUAGCUGAAUGUCAAGAUUCAACUGUACCACAUCAUAUGAAGAGAUAUCAAUUUUUACCACCUGACGUGGAUAUUAAAUUUAGCAAAAGUCACAAAUUAUCAUCUCACCCCGGCUUCGAACCUUGCCUCUGCUUCGGCGAUGCCCUCGUGUGGUGGGAGUGGGAAGGCGCUGGCAUCCAUCGCUCGGCGAGCCGCUCGGCCAAGGAACCUGCCGCGCCUAAACCUCCGAAACCAUCGCGCACCGCGCAUGACUUCGUCCGAACGCACUUUCAUAGGUCCACACAAUGUGACUUUUGUAAUAAAAAGAUUUGGCUGAAAGAUGCAAUGCAAUGUCGAAACUGCGGCCUCUGCUGUCACAAAAAGUGCGUCGUCAAGUGCCAAGAGUCGUCUCCUUGCGUCCCUAAACAGGAUCAAGAUUCAACAGGGCUCAAUUGUCCUCCACCCGAGCUUAUAAUGACCGAAGCAGAUGCUGUGGACCCCGACUCCGAAGAUGAACCAGAGAGGAAGGAUUCCUUGGAUGUUCACGAGGAAGGCGGUGGUGCGAUGAGUGCCCUGGUGGCAGGUCUACGGCGCGCUGGCUCAGCACAUUCGCUGUCGGCGCCAAAGACUUGUGCCUCAUCGCGGUCUCUGCCUCCUUCACCCAGUCAUACACCCAGGAAGCAGUCUCUCGAACCAGUGGGCAACCCGUUCGGCGCGUGCGGCGCGACGUGGCUGCAGAAGGGAAACGUGAGCGCUAUGCUGCAGCCGGCGCUGCGGAGCGCGCUGCCACCGGACGCGCUGCUGGCUGCCGCCAGGGACUCCGCUCCUGAACUCGCGGCUAGGCUGUCAGCCCAACAAAUACACGAAAUGCUCCAAGCAGUUCGUGAGGAACUAUCCGCGGAGGACGCGUGCGCAGGCGAAGAAGCCGGUGAGAGCCGUGCAUGCGCACUGACAGCCCUCAUGCUGCACUGCUGCGCUGCGGCACAGCUCGCCCAGCAGCGAGCGGAUGCCGCACCCACUUGAUGUUAUUAAAUUACUGUUCAAUGUCAA